AUGAUGGAGCGUCUCCCUCCUCCCCUCUUAUCGUCUCUCCUGGCUUUUGCGGUGAGCGACUAUCAUGAAGAGAUGACCCCUUACAAGCGCACGCUCCCACUCGAAAGACUCCUGCCGCUCGCACUGGUCUGCAAGUGCUGGCGCCACCUCAUCCUUGACGUGAUCGCUCGGUUUCAGGCGUCCACUUUCACUCUUCGCUUUUCAUCUGGCACUCGUGCCGAAAUUUGUGAAAUGCGUCGGCACAUUUCCCAACGAGGACCCCUGAUUUUAGACUUGACUAUCCAGAUGGGGGCUAUGCCAUCUCGUGGAGAGGAGGACUACUAUUUCAGUACAUUGGUCCCGUCAUCAACUUGGCUUGUAAAGGAGUUUCAGAUGGAUUGGGACGUUGUGUUUGCUCGUCUGCCAGCUCUCCAGAGACUCCAUUUAUCAGGAAAUAGGUUAACAAGUAAACAAGUGGAACGAAUUCUAAAAAGUGCAGCAAUGUACUGCAAACAUGUCGAGGCAGUCGUGCUCGCUGAAGCAAAUGUCAUGCUGCAAGGACGACUGGGAUUUGAAUUUAUUUCUGAUGCGCUGUGCGCUGCUAUGAAGACGUGGUUCUCUAGUGGAGCUCAAAAAGGAUUGAAGCAAUUGACGGUCCCAAUGCUAAACGACAAGAAUUGUUUCCAGUCGUCGAAGCAACUGGUUGACAGCUUGGUGAAGUUUUGCCCACUAGUGGAGUACGUGGAUGGAUAUAAGGCAACGCUUAAUGAUAUGAACGGAUUGACGUGUGGGGAUACGUGGCUUGUAACGGUCGAGCAGUGGGACAAGUUUAAUUGGACGUGCACAGAACUGCGGGAAUUCCAUUGGGUAGUCGUGCCAUUUGCCGAUCCGUACUUUAGGGUUUUUGGGGAGCACGGUAAGCCACGUUUGACGAAACUCACAUUGGCUGUCAAUACGCUCUGGGAUUGGCAAGCCUAUUUCCACUUUGUGGAGAAAGCUACGGAACCCAGCGUGCUCUCCUCCCAAAACGAGGAAGACCCGGUGGAUGAAGCUGCUGGAUUUGUUGCAUCUUCCUCUUCUUAUGUAUAUCAACAAAAUUUUUUGCAGCGACCGGGGUAUGGAGCCAAAGCAUUCGAUGUCAGCAGUGCUCUCAAGGGCUGCCCAGCAUUGACUGUUUUAGAAAUUCCACUAUGUCACUCGGGUGAUAUAGACGAAACGGUGUACAGUGACCCAUAUGAUGAUAGUGACGAUGCUGCUGACAUGGGGCGUGUUCUCCUCAAUAUCGACAUUUACAACGAUGAGUUUUGUGCGGCAGUGGCAGAGUAUUGUCCACUGCUGACGAGCUUCUCGAUCACGGAAAUUGAUGACGGGCUGCGUAGCCACCUCACCCCAAUUCGUACGUUUACAGACCAAGGUCUCGUGAGUCUUGCAAAAUUGAAAUACUUGACUACAAUGCUGCUGCGUCCGAUCAACUGCACGGGAAAUGGUGUUUUUGAGUUCCUUAAUAGUCUGUCGAACGAGUUUGUGGGGCAGCGAACGUUUCAGGUCUACAUUGGUGGACAUUCCAGCGAAUCCAAGCUAGCAUUCUACACCGCGCUAAUGGAAUUAUUGAUGCAGUUGAAAGUAAGAAGCCCAGCAGAGCUUGCGUGGGAUAAUCGCAAGUUUGUCCUUCGCUUGAUAAAUUCCAACUUUGAAUCGGUUGAGCCUAGUUGGGGCGAACAGUAUUUUCAUGACCUCGAGCGUGCGGUGACGAGCGUAAAAACGAUACAUCCGACCUUGCGCUUACGCAUUGCGACUUCUGGACGUCGUGGCUUUAUUUUCCAAAGAAUAAUGGAACUCGGGCUGUACACGGCAAAUGCCGAUCCUAGCCCAUGGUACGGUUGGGAUGACGAAGAACGAAACGGCAACGCUUCAUUUGUAAAUCGAUACGAAGAGACAACAGGUUUGGGUAGAGGUCUAGACAGUCUACCUCUUGAACUGCGACACCCUGAGCUUCUGGACCCAGACUCUCUCCCUAUCGAUUACGAGCUUCCGGCCGACUAUUUUGACGACUAUGGUGGCUACGGCGACUAUGGCGAUUAUGGUGACUACGAGGAUUAUGGUGCCUAUGGAGACGAUUACUUCGGUGAGGAAUACGACGGGUAUUACGAUGGAAACGCAGACGAGCUAUGGGAAUAG